UAUAUUUAUCGCCUUGGAGAGGGUGGGGGGGUGUUAUCGUGCACAAAUUAGGGUUGAUGGGAGGAUGCCAUCAUUUGUAUAGUUUCUUCACUACCAUGUGGCAAUCUAAAUUUUAAAAAAGUACCUUAAAAUAGGAGGGAGGGGGAGUUGCUGUAUACAUAAAAAAUUUUGUGGACAAAUAAAUAAAUUUGCGGACUUUAAAAUUUUCUAAAAAAAUUUUUUUCAGAAUGAUUCUUCUUUUAUGUCUGACACUUCAUUUUUCCAUUCAUUUGGUGGUCGACGUUCUUCAACUCCUUUUCUUGGAAAAGAUGUUCAAUUAUUUAUUUGUAAGUUUAGAAAUUUUUUGUGUUUGUUUAGGGGGGAUUUUUUGCAAAAAUUUUUUUUUCUGCGGACAAUUUUUGCGGACUUUUUCUUUUUUGCGGACAACUUCUGCAAAUACUUUUUCGUAAUUUUAUUGCGGACAAAUUCAUUUUUCAUGAACUUUCUGGCAGAAAAUUUUUGCGGAUUUUUUCUUUACGAAUAAUUUUUUCCAGACGAAUUUUUUGUUGAUUUUUUUUUGCUUUUUUGCGGACUUUUUCUUUUUUUUUGCGGACAAAUUUUGCAGUCGUUUUUGCGGAUUUUUAAUUGCGGACAAUUUUUCUGACGAAUUUUUGCAGAAUUUUUUUUCUGCGGAUUUUAAAAAAACCUUUCUGGCAGACAAUUUUUGCGGAAUUUUUUUGCUUUUUUUUGCG